CCGCAUGCGGUAGAUGUGCUGAGGCUGGAGUAGCCACCAUUUUGCAUGUCUGCUGUGUUCCUCCCUCCAUUGCUAAUAGAGACGAUUCCAGUCAUUUUCUGGCAUCAUUACGGCUGAGAAUGCCAGCUCCGAUCAGACUGCGGGAGCUGAUCCGGACGAUCCGGACGGCACGGACCCAGGCAGAGGAGCGUGAGAUGAUCCAGAAAGAGUGUGCUGCUAUACGCUCGUCCUUCAGAGAGGAAGACAACACAUACCGUUGCAGAAAUGUGGCAAAGUUACUUUAUAUGCACAUGUUGGGCUACCCGGCACACUUUGGGCAGCUGGAGUGCCUGAAGCUGAUUGCGUCCCAGAAGUUCACCGAUAAACGAAUAGGUUAUUUGGGAGCUAUGCUGCUGUUGGACGAGAGGCAGGACGUCCACCUACUAAUGACAAAUUGCAUUAAGAAUGACUUGAAUCACAGCACACAAUACGUCCAGGGCCUGGCCUUGUGCACUUUGGGUUGCAUGGGUUCCUCAGAAAUGUGUCGUGACCUUGCUGGAGAAGUAGAGAAGCUGCUCAAAACAUCAAACUCCUACUUGAGGAAAAAAGCAGCGUUGUGUGCAGUCCAUGUCAUCAGGAAGGUUCCAGAACUUAUGGAAAUGUUCCUCCCAGCCACAAAAAACCUGCUGAGUGAGAAGAACCACGGUGUUCUCCACACAUCUGUUGUCCUCCUCACUGAGAUGUGUGAAAGAAGUCCCGACAUGCUGGCCCACUUCAGAAAGAAUGAGAAGCUGGUCCCUCAGUUGGUGAGAAUCUUGAAGAACCUAAUCAUGUCUGGAUACUCUCCUGAACAUGACGUGUCCGGCAUAAGCGACCCUUUCCUGCAGGUGCGGAUAUUGAGACUACUGCGCAUUCUAGGCAAGAGUGAUGAUGACUCCAGUGAAGCAAUGAAUGACAUUCUUGCACAGGUUGCAACGAACACAGAGACGAGUAAAAAUGUAGGCAACGCAAUUCUCUACGAGACCGUACUGACCAUAAUGGACAUCAAGUCUGAAAGCGGACUGAGGGUUUUGGCCAUUAACAUACUUGGUCGCUUCCUUUUAAACAAUGACAAAAAUAUCAGAUACGUGGCAUUGACAUCCCUACUAAAGACUGUACAGACGGACCACAAUGCAGUGCAGAGGCAUCGGAGCACCAUUGUGGAUUGUUUAAAAGACCUGGAUGUGUCUAUCAAGAGACGUGCGAUGGAACUGAGCUUUGCCCUGGUGAACGGCAACAACAUUAGAGGCAUGAUGAAAGAGCUGCUCUACUUCCUGGACUCCUGUGACCCGGAAUUCAAGGCAGACUGUGCAUCAGGAGUCUUUCUAGCUGCAGAGAAGUAUGCCCCUUCGAAAAGAUGGCACAUAGACACCAUUAUGAGAGUCCUGACGACGGCAGGGAGCUACGUGCGAGACGAUUCUGUUCCCAACCUCAUCCAGCUCAUCACAAACAGUGUGGAGAUGCACGCCUACACCGUCCAGAGGCUCUACAAAGCACUGCUGGACGACAUCUCACAGCAACCUCUAGUGCAGGUGGCAUCCUGGUGCAUAGGGGAGUACGGGGACCUGCUGGUAUCUGGACAAUGUGAAGAGGAGGAGCCCAUCCAGGUGACUGAGGAUGAAGUUCUGGACGUGCUGGAAGGCCUCCUGGUGUCCAACUUGUCUGCAGCUGUGACUCGAGGUUAUUCCCUGACUGCCAUCAUGAAGCUGUCUACUCGCUUCAGCGGUGUAAACCGAAUCAAGAAGGUGGUUUCGAUAUACGGCAGCAGCAUCGACGUGGAGCUUCAGCAAAGGGCGGUGGAGUACAAUGCGCUUUUCAAGAAAUACGACCACAUGAGGCCGGCUCUCCUAGAGCGAAUGCCCAUUAUGGAGAAAAGUGCUUCUAAUGGCCCCACGGAGAUCGUACAGACCAAUGGAGAGACGGAGCCCUCUGUUGUGGAUUCAAAACACCCACCGCCUGUGAGCCAGCCAGCCAACCAGGCUAACGAUCUAUUAGACCUGCUCGGUGGUAACGACGUGGUGCCAGUAAUCCAGACCACCGUGCCCACCAAGCCGGCCUCCGCUGGAGGAGAGCUGCUCGAUCUGCUGGGUGACCUCUCGCUAAGCGGCGUCCCUACCCCUGCUCCCUCUGUGGCCACAUCCCAACCCUCUUUCCUCCUGGACGGCCUCUCCUCACAGCCCCUCUUUAAUGACAUUGCAGCUGCAGCUAUUCCUCCCAUGACUGCAUACAACAAGAAUGGACUGAAAAUAGACUUCACGUUUGAGAGAGCUAAUCCCAAUCCAAACGUCGCCGUCAUCACCAUCCAUGCUUCCAACUCAACAGAGGCAGAUAUGACGGACUUUGUUUUUCAGGCUGCAGUACCAAAGACAUUCCAGCUGCAGCUCCUCUCCCCGAGCAGUAACGUGGUCCCAGCACUCAACCAGGGAACUGUCACGCAGGUCAUCAGAGUCCUCAACCCACAGAAGCAACAGCUUCGAAUGAGGAUCAAGCUGACGUACACCCUCAAAGGCUCGCCUGUGCAAGACCUGGCUGAGGUUAAUAACUUCCCGCCUCAGUCCUGGCAGUGAUGAGCUGCUUCUGUUGCUCCUAAAAGCCCCCGACCGAGAGAACUAUGAGAACGAUUUUCCUUUCCCCGCCCUGCUUUCUUCCUACGGAUCCCCCUUUGACGUCACUGCAGCCCGCCGCCCUCCAGUUGCAUGGGAAGCAGAGCAUCCAUCACAGGAGAAAAAUACAGAUGUUAAGAAGACCCUUUUGACUAUUGACAUCACCAGAGUAAUUGGGGAAACGUAUCAAUCGAUGAACUUUCUUUUUUUCGUUUUGGUUACCAUUGUUUUUGUUUUUUUGUGUAGUAGAACUAUUUUCCACAUAGACCCUCGCUCAGCAUCAUGAUUACACACACAUACGCAGAUCCCCCCCGUGGCACACGUCUCUGCAGAGGAGACGUGUGGCCCACUAUGAGCACUGCGGCAACCCUAGUCUUAUUUGAAUUUAUAAUUAAGCUAAAAAACACUUUGCUCCAUUGAUAUUUAUAAUUGGCUUUGCAUUCAGAUUUUUUAUGAGCCUUUAGUCCGAUGAUGGCAGGAGAAAAUGCUUUGAAAGGUCUAUUUAGUGCAGUUGAAAAGUUCUGGCUAAGACAUUUUUUGGACCCUCCACACAUGUGGGUGAUAUAACUUGUCAAAUAGCUGUAUUGAUUUUGAAUUACAUGAAUUUCCUUAAAGCAUGUUUAUAGGAUCACAGUCGCCCAAGCAAGGGUGAAUUUCCGGUUCCGGUUGAAGGGCUUUUAAUGCAAUGCUUGAAUAGGACGUAGCCUACUUUUUGUUUUGACACAAUGAUAAAAGCAUCAGAACAUCCAAAAUGCCCAGUUGGAUCCCCUGUGGCUGCUUUCAGAUAACAUGCCCAAACUUCCCCACACAGCUCUCCUGAAAUCAUCUCAUGGUGGUUUUUAGAUCUGUAUAAUAAACACAACUGUUAAUUGCCUACUUUCAGUUGGGGAGGUGCAUUACGAAGAAAUCCAGGCCAGACAUUUAUAUCAAGAGAAGUUCAUUGCAUCUGUGUUGGAACUUAAACUUUACCUGCAUCUGUGUCGUCAGCCCGGCUUGCAAAUUAGAUACAUUUCCGAUUUGUUUAACCUAGUUGAACUAGUUGAGUCCCCAUGCACAUAAAUGUAAAUGAAGCCUGUUAUGAAUGUAGUUACAUGCACUGAAUGCCCCACCCCCCACAUUGAAGUCUUCUUUCUUAUUGCUGUCUCUUUGAUGGGGAUCCUCAUCUUAUUGGCACUGUUUUUGUGAAAGUUUGUUUUUAUUUCUGCAGUAAUUUGACUUAAUUAUUUAUGCCUGAUCUCAAAGUGAUGUGCCUUUCUGACCUGGCUGGAUAAAAGCCGCUGAACUAUUGAGUUCUGUAUGAGCUUCGUUUGUAAGUCUGCUUGUGUACUGAUGGGUUUUCUGUAUCUGAAGGAAAUUACCUUGACAGAUCUGAAGCUGUAAAUCACUUCAUGUAAUAACAACCUUCCCGACUUCUAUUUCUCACAAGUUAAUAAUCAGUUAUCCACUAAUCAUGGCCUACCUGGAUUUCCUACCUGGAGUCAAAAGUCCUAAAAUAUGGAAAUCUCUUAAUAAGGCAGAUAAUAGACCUCUCAGAGGCUGGCUACGAGGUUUCAACAGUUUAAAACAGUAUGAAUGUCACACUGAAGUGAAAUAUACCAACGCACCCUGUCAGCAGGUGUGUUCGAUGUGAGGUACUGGGCCGGAGCCUUUUGGCUGUCGUUUUUUGAUUUCUCGGCUCCCGCGUUCAAAUCAGAAUUCUGACCACGCUGUCGGACGGUGGCCUUAAUACCUCAAACUCUGUUGUUCUGUUAGUUUAUUGACGGCUCUGCUUAGUCGUAAAUUGCAAUGGCGGGGGAGCGUCUGCAUGAGAGAAACUGACGGCUAGUUUUCCAUCGCUUUACUUAAGCUCAGCAGCGCCGCGAUGCUGCGUUGAGAUCCAAUCAGGCUGUAUUCUUCUUUUCACUAUGCUUCACGGUCUUCUAACUUAUGUGACCAAAUCGGAGAGACUAUUUGCUUUGGAAAUAUUUUUGAGCUAUCCUAUGUGUAUAUGGAGAAAAUUAUUGCAGUUAACUUUUUUUUCUGUUGGCAAAUGCUGUAUUGGCUUUUUCUGUAUAUAUUGAGGGCUUUUACAAUUUUGUCUCUUGUACUAUCGUUCAUCAUUUUUUAGAUACCAUUUUCUAAAGUCCAAUUAUUCACAAUGUAUAUUGUCUAAAUAGAUCUAGUGAACAUCAGUCUAUAAAGACUUCCUUGUAUCAUCACUCACGCAUUGUAAAAGAUAUAUGAUCUGCUGACUGUACAUUGUAUAUAGUUGUAAAACAAACAAAAGCUGGUCAAAUUAAAUAAAACCCAAGUGAAGACUUAAAAGAUUAGCUAGGAGGUAUAAUUGCAUACAUAUGUACAAAAAAAGAACCCGAAAAGGAUGCAAUCGAGCUGCAUUGGAUUUACCAUUGACCCUACUUCAUUCACUAUGGAUGUGUCGUCUUUACUUCUACAAAGAUGGUAGGCUACUGGUCGGGGUUCCUUUUGGGUGUUGUCUGAAUGAUGAACUGAACUACUGAGAAAACCUAAGCACAGUGCUGCACCGCAGCAGAAGUGGCGCCUUGCUUUAUCUGCUCAUUGUACCCGUGCCCUCCUUCCAAGAGGAGCAGGUUUUCCUUCUGGCCCCAUUUUGGUUUUGCUUUCUGCCCUCUUUCACCAUUUGAUCUGUUAAACUCAUUUCAGCCUUCAAAUUUAUUCUUGAAAUGAUGCCCUGUGGUCUUGGCAUGUUGGCUGUCACGGUUGCCUGGUUACCUUUCUUUCUUUCUUUUUUUUUUUUUUUUUUGGCUGGCAUUUACCACCUUUCCCCAAAAGCAUUGUGUCUCAAGCAAGCACAGAUUUUCACCUUGCCGUUAGGGUCAGUAGGUCUGAAUUGAAAUAGUUUUGUUUAGAGCUGGUAGGCUGUCUUUACUUUUUGUCCCUUAUCAUUGACUUUAUUUGCCUCUGCAUGGCACAGCUUCUCUUUGUAGUCACUGAUACAAAAGAAGGGGCUGUAACAAAUCACGACAAACAGAUCCGUACCCUUAUUGUUUAAAAUUCUACUUAACAUGGCAUGAUACGGUGAAGGAAGGCAUUCUUUUCUGUUUUCUCAUCAUGGAUUGCUGCUUCACUGCCCCAAAACACACCUGGGACCAGCCUGUGAUACCUGAUAAUGACCACUAGAGGGAGCUGUGCAAAAUGGAAGGCUGACGGGAAACAAGUUGCAUUCAUCAAUUCCUGUUUCUUUUGUCUUAUUCAAACUGUAUGUACCUUUAUUAGAUGUGAUCAGUUCUUUCCACGAAUCGCAAAUUCAUGCUGUUCUAAAUGUUGGAAAUGAAGCCAACAUCAGCGCUUUGGACAUUGUAACUUAAAGGAAGAAGGGAAGUGUGUGUGUGUGUGUGUGUGUGUGUGUGUGUGUGUGUGUGUGUGUGUGUGUGUGUGUGUGUGUGUGUGUGUGUGUGAGAGAGAGAGAGAGACGGAAAGAAAAAAAACAUGCUUGGAAGAGCGUGAUGGCGUGCAACAUGUCUUAUCUAGGCAGGACAUAAUUCGGGCUGUAAAGUAAUUUCUCAGCUUCUGAGCUGCAUGUGAAAACCAGUGUAAAUAGGUUUAUUUCUACUAUUGACCUGAUACUCCUUUUUGAAAUGCAAGAAAAGUUCAAUCAAAAUCUGUCACACCACUGUCAUGGGUCAGUACUAAUGUGUACCUUUUUAGGAAGUUGUUCAGAUAGUGCUCACAAUAGUUUUUUUUUCGAGUGAUGAAAGUGCACAUCCAUCAUUUGGAUUAAUUAGAUUUGCAUAAUUGAUUUUUUUUUAUUUUAUUUGAUUUAAUUUGUCUAGCUGAAUUCAGUGUGUGCAAGGGCUUGGAAGAGCAUCUGAAUUGCCACCCAUGUUCAUGUUCCCUGUUGGAUCUAAAAUAUAUCCAUUGUAUUUUUGAAAUCUGUUUGUAACCCCAAGGCCUCUCCUGACUCCUGAACCACAGUCGGAUUGGUUGGGGGAGGGUGGCGGCACGAGGCUCACCUUUUCCGGUCAAGUUUACCAUGUUGAACUGAAUUUCAGUUCCUCAAGGUGAACGUGAAUGUCAGACUGAAGGGAUGAAAUGAUGAUUAAAGAUGAGAAGUUUUAAACUAUUAAAUGGGAUAUUUUCAAUUUA